AUGAAGGAAAAGGCGGAGGCGCACAAACGGCCCAUCGAAUUCGAUGAUGAUGAAACGAAAAAAAAAAUCCGGACAGAAGAUGACGAGUCGGUUAAGGACGCAAAAACCAGCGAAAACUUAUUACACCCCCUACAUCUAGAACACCGAAAAGGUAGAAAUAAAAACUUAAAAAAUGACGCAGAAUAUGUUGAAUUGUUGAAGAAGGAUGCCCGAAGAAAGUACCUCAAAGAAAGAGAGAGGGAAAAGCUAGAUGUAACGAAGAAGCUACUAGAUGAUGAACUCCUAUAUAGUACAAUUAAAUUGGAGGGGAAGGAACUUAAAGAAUUGCAACUGUCCAAAAGGAUCUAUGAUAUAGCUAAAGAAAACAUAAAGUUAAGGGAAAAGCUAAAAGAAAAUUAUUACCUCUUCCAGGAAGACUUGGACAAAUUUGAUGCAGCGAACAAGGGCACCGAUGCUGAUGCGACGCAAGUGAGAGAGGGGAAGGGAGACCCUUCCGCCUACAACUAUGAUGAACAGAUAAUCAGCAAAGGGAUUUUAAAAUUCGGUUCGGGGGUGGCGAUAAGUGAAGGUCUUAAAAAUGACUUUGUGUUCGAGGACGAUUUGGAAAAUCGGAAGAGCGUAAAAAGGGAGGAAUAUGAGGAGAAACACAAGGGCAUCCAUAAGGGUCAUAGCCACCACCGAGCGAGGGAUGACCGUGACGAGGAGGAAGUCUGCGGAGGGGAAAGAGAAACGCGGGAGAAGUCGAGCAGGGGGAAAAAGAAGAAAAAGGGAAGCGAACAUCGGGGUGGAGAUAGCGACGAUGGUGACGACCGCGCCGAUCGCGCUGAUCGCGCAGAUCGCAAGCGGAACGGAAACGGCCUGACGGACGUGGUCGAAUUCGUGCACCUGGAUAGCCUCUACGGAAUGGACGAAAAGGAAAAGGAAUUGCAAAGACUGUUCGAAGACAUUAAAAGGAAGAAAGAGAAAAAAAUGAAGAAAAUAAUCGAUGACAGGAAGAGACUACCCAUAUAUAGUUACCGAUAUGAUAUUUUAAAGGCCAUCAAAAACAAUAAAAUUUUAAUUCUAGUUGGAGAAACAGGAAGCGGAAAGAGCACACAGUUAACGCAGUACUUGCAUGAGUGUAAGUACCAUCUGUAUGGAAACAUAGUCUGUACGCAGCCCAGAAGAAUCGCGUGUAUAGCCAUAGCAAAUAGGGUAGCCGAUGAAAUGAAUGUAAAAGUGGGAAAGGAAGUUGGCUACGUUAUUCGAUUCCAAAAUAAAACGAGUGAGAACACAAAGAUCGUGUACAUGACGGAUGGAAUGUUCCUACGUCUUUUAUUGUACAACCCAACGCUGGAUGAUAUUUCGGUGUUAAUAAUUGAUGAAGCUCACGAAAGGGCGUUACACACAGAUGUUAUUCUUCCGAUAGUAAAGGACAUUUGCAAUUUUAGGGAGGACAUACGGAUUAUCAUAUCUUCUGCCACUCUAGACGCUGAGAAAAUUUCUACCUACUUUAACUGCGCCCCCAUAUUUUAUGUGCCGGGUAGAAAAUACAACGUGGAUAUUUAUUACACUAUAAAUAAUGAGAGUAAUUAUUUGUCCGCCAUUGUGAUUACCAUUUUGCAGAUUCAUGUUACGCAGGAGAAGGGAGACAUUUUGGUUUUUCUGCCUGGUCAGUUUGAAAUCGAGUUGGUGCAACAGGAGCUGGAAAAUAAGCUGAUCGAACUAGCCCCAAGGUUUCGCAACAUGGUGAUUUUGCCCAUUUAUUCAUCCCUGCCCGUGGAGCAGCAGGCGCGGAUAUUCGAGGAUGUGGCGGAUGAGGACCACGGGAAGGGGGAUGCCCCGGACAGCGCCAACCCUGGGGCGGAGCAACAGGAGGCGAAACAGCUUCAGGAGGCGAAACAGCUUCAGGCGGCGCAACAGCUGGAGGCACCUCCUACCAACGCGAAAGCCCAAACAGAUGAGCUCGCACCAGCCAAUCAGCCAAAGGGAACCAUGCGCAGAGGUACCAGAAAAAUUAUCCUAUCAACAAACAUUUGCGAGACGAGUAUCACCAUAGACAACAUCGUGUACGUGAUUGAUUCAGGUCUGUGUAAGCAGAAAGUGUACAAUCCCAACUCGGGGAUUGAAUCUCUCGUAACUUUACCAUGCUCCAAAGCAUCUGUGAAUCAAAGAACAGGUAGAGCAGGUAGAAAACAAGAUGGAAAAUGUUUUCGGCUCUUCACCAAAAAAUCAUUCAUCGACUUGAAUGAUAACUCAAUUCCAGAAAUUCAACGAUGCGAAGUCAGCAGUAUGAUUUUAUUACUAAAAAGUCUAGGCAUGGAUGACAUUAUAAAUUUCGAUUUUUUAGACCCUCCUUCCCCUGUGGUGAUAAUAAAAGGCCUAGAACUACUAUACUCCUUGGGUGCACUAAAUGAUGAGGGAAACUUAACCAAAACGGGGAGGAAGAUGGCUGAAUUCCCCACAGAUGUGAAGUCAAGUAAAAUGAUUCUAUCAGCAUCUGAGAAGUAUAAUUGUGUGGAUGAGAUUUUAUGCAUCACAGCUAUGCUAACACAUGCAAAUAAUAUUUUCUAUGUUCAAAAAGGAAAGGAAAAAGAGGCGGAAAAUGUGAAGAAAAUGUUUACUAUAGAAGGUGGUGGAGAUUUUCUCCUCCUCCUAAAUAUAUAUAAACAGUGCGAGGAGAACAAUUUCUCUACGUCAUUUUGUUAUGACCACUUUUUGCAGUACCAUACGCUGAUAAAAAUUAAGGACAUCAAAACGCAGUUGGUGAGUAUCUGUGAGAAAAUUGAUUUGCCCAGUAGUUCUUGUGGUAUUCAGAAUCACGACGCUAUAUGCAGCCUGAAGAAGUGCAUUGUUAGUGCCUUUUUCACUAAUGCUGCCUUGCCCGUUAAUAAAAAUGAACUUAAAAUUAUAAAGCUUAAUCAGGUCGUUAGUAUAUACCCCAACUCGGUGCUUGCGAAGAAAAAUAUCAUGGAGGAACAUAAAAAUGCUUGCAUCAUUUUUUACGAAGUUAUUAAGAUAAAUAAGUCCUACAUACGCCACAACAUCCCUGUUAGUAAGGACAUGCUCUACGAGAUCGCGUCGUUCUACUUCCUCACCAAGAUUGCCUGA